AUGAAGGGCGCAAUGAUGAACGGCGGUGGCCACGUGGGAGCUGGAGGUCUGCUGGCAGCUGGCUGCACGAAGGGAGGCGGCUGCGUGAAGGGAGGCGGCUGCGUAGUGGGUGGCGGCGGCUGCAUCGCGGGAGGAAGAAAGGGGGCCUUGAAGAGCAGGCCUCCGCUUCCACAGCAGACCCCAGAAGUCGAUGACAGAGCGGUAGAGGUGGCCCUCGACGCGCUGGUCACGUUGGUGGCACCGUACGAGACAUACUGGGAGCCGAAGAGACUAAAGGAGAAGUUGUGGGACUAUGCCUGGAAGGCCAGGAAAGGUCUCUCCUAUAAGGAGAAAACCUGGCAAGAGCUGAUCAAUGAUUUUUGCGAGAAGUUCCGGCUCCCAGUGUGGAGUGGAUGUGGCGACCGCUCGUGGGUAGAGAGGACGGACUUCUCCGAAGUUGUCGGUGCCUGCGUCCAUAGCUAUCCGGAAUGCUGUGCAGGGAGGACCCCCGACUAUGGUACCGUUGUGGCCAAAACGUGCGAGGUGCAGUUCGACUACUUCAGAUGGCAGUCGCUCCGCGCGGAUAUCGUCAAGAAGUACAUUAGUGGCAAAGUGAAGCAGAAGCAGGUGUGGGAUGCGCUGGACACGUCGAGAGAUCAAAUUAUCAAGUUGGGUAUAUCAGACAUUGCGACAUUUAUGAUGCACUGGGUAAGUACGUUUCUGCAGGCGCUGUUCAACACAGGAGCUUUCCCCACCCACAUCAUCGAUGAGACGACCGCCGUCGCCCUCUUCGAUGACAUUGCACUCAACGGCGGGGGCCUCCCGAUGGCGCUGCUGCAGGUCGUGGGGGGGAAGCCCGCCGCGGGCAUGCCGGAGGUCGUGCAGGCGUGCUCCUACGCGUACACCAGCAUCGGCCCUGCACCAGGAGGAACGGCGGAGCGCGUGGCUGUCGACCCCCGAGCCGAGACACGAGAUCGUGCCGAAGAUCGGGGACUGGAUGUGCCCGGGGUGCGGCGACCUGCAGUUCAAGAGGAGAACGUGUACUGCCGAAAGUGCGGGGCACAGAAGCCGGAGAUCGUCGAGGACGUCUUCGCGGAGCACGCCAAGACGCAGCCACUGGAUCCGGAGAUGCGACCGCGCUCUGGAUCUCCCGUGGCCCUCGCGUCCACCUCCCCCAUCGAGCGGCAGGACGACGUGCUCGACUCGGAUCACGAGGAAAACCCCGAGGGCGACCAGGGGAGGGGAGCGCCCGCCGACGCGGAAGCCGCCGCGGAGGGGUGGACAGCGGCGUGCGCCGUCGCCCGGCCGCUUGGCGUCUCGACGAGCGGCCGUCUCGGCGACGUCGGCCGCGCGCUGGCGGCGGAGCUGGACGCCCUCAGCGCGGGCAGCCUGCGACGGGUCGCGACCCGGGCUGCCACGGCGGAGGCGGCCAGGCUGGGCCUGCUGGAGGGCGGCCCCGGCGCCCGGCGCGGAGCGCUGCUUAUGCGCGGGCGCGGCUUGCGCGGCGCCCUCGCGCCGGACUGGCGGCCGGCCGGGGACGAGGCCCUCGCGCGCGCGGUGCCGACGCCGCUCGCGCACGUCGCCGACGCCGCGCGCACGCACCGCUCGCGCACGUUGCCGACGCCGCGCGCGCACGCCCGAGACGCAGAGGCUACCGCGGAGGAUUUCCAGGCGGCGGCCGCCGCGCUGGCCCGGGACCUGCAGCCGGCGGACCACCGCCUGCACCCCGCGGAGCUGGGCCUGCAGCCCGCCGACCCCGCCAGAGACCUGCAGCCUGCGGACAGGGACCGGGCGGAGGCGGCGCUCCUGAGGCUCUGCAAGGGCCUCCGCAGGGGCGAGACCCAGCUGCUGAGCGCCUACGUGCGCCUGUCGCCCGUGUGCGCCGAGCUCUUCUCCCUGUGGGACGACCGCGACGGGGGCGGCGGAGGCCGUCUGCCCUCGCUGGUGCUGGAGGUCCUGGCGUCCGUGCUCGAGGGGCGCUUCGAGCAGUCGGCGGGCACGGCCAAGACGGGGCCCAGCGUGGCGGCUCGGCUCGUGACCGAGCGCUUCCAGGCCCUCUUUCGGCUGCUGAGCUCCGACAGGGACCAGCUCCUCCGCGCGUGCCUGCGGGCGCUGGCGGGCGCGUGCUCGCAGAGCCCUCAGCUGGCGUCGCAGCUCCUGCAGGGCUUCAACUUCGAGCACGAGAGCUUCUCGCGGCUCGUGGAGCGGCGCUCGCAGGGCACCAGCCAGGAGGACGUGCGAAGCUGCUACAUCCGCUUCGCGAUGAGCUUCCUGAAGUGGAAGGAUCCCGUGCUCACCACGGCGGUGAUCGGCAUCAAAGGGUUCGUGCCGCCCAUUUUUGCGGGCCUGAAGAACGACCCGCCGGAGGACGUUGCCCGGCUUCUGCAGGACAUGUCGGAGCUCGUGCUGAAGAACCGGCAGGUGGACCGCCACUCGAAGAUCUUCCUGUUCAGCUCACGCACGAUGCGCCGGUUGGCCGCCCUGCUCGCCUCCGACCACGGGCAGGUCGCGAAGGCUGCCCAGCAACUGCUCCAGUGCCUCUUCACGGACACGCACUUGUACCGGAGCGCGGCGCAGAGGCAGCUGCUGCUGGAGAUCUGCCUGGAGAUGCGGCCGCUGCAGGGGCCUCAGCAGGAGGUGAUCUUGGCCACGCUGGAGGCCCAUCCGCUCCUGCACCCGGCGCUCUGCGCCAAGAUGUCCCUCUCGCUGCAGCCGCGCUUCUGCACGCAGUGGCUCCUGAACGUCGACUUCCUCGUGAGGCUCCUGCGCAUGGAGGUCGCGGGCCCGCCGGCGACGCCGCGGCACGCCGACGACCUGGAGCCACCGCUCCGGCCAGGGGCCCCGGGCGCCUCCGGCCACGCCCUCGUGCCCCGAGCCGUGCAGAAGACGCAGCUCACGCAGGCGGUCCUCAGCAAGGACCUGCGCGUGGUGCUCGGGGCCCUGCGCCUGCUGUGCGCCGUGCUGGCGCGGGUCGGCCGCGGCCCUGGCGGCGAGCCGCGGGACGGCGCGCAGGAGGCGCUGGAGCGCGCCCAGCAGAGCGUCCCCGACCUCGGGACGCUGCUGCUGCUCUGGCAGAGGCUCGCGAGGGACGGCGCCGCCCCCGGGGAGGCCGAGGAGCUGCCCCUCGCCCGCGAGGGCGAGGACGUCGACGGCGCCCGGGCGGCGGCGCUGCUCGGCGUGGCCGAGGGCCCGCUGCGGGCGCACGUGGUGUUCGAGGCCUGGUGCGAUGCCGUGCGCGCCUACCUGGAGGCGCUGCCGCAGGCGGCCCUGAGCGUGAAGUUCGACUGGUCCAAGCUCUUCCUUGCCGUCGCCUCGCAGCUGGAGCCCGUGGACUCUGGAAAGGCUGGCGGCGGCGGCGGGGGACCCACGGCCCUGCAGGGUGCGAUCGAGCGGGUCGUGCCGUGUGUCCGGUGCGUCGAGGUGGCGCUCAAGGGCGGCGGCCGCCUGCAGCUCUCCAAGUCGCAGCUGGCGUGGGUGGAGUCCCUCUUCCGCGUGCGUCUCGUCGGCGACGACGCGAGGUCGGUUGCUGCCCGCUCCGAGUGCGAGGGCGCCCUCCGCCGCUACCUGCGCGGACUGGCCGUCUUCGGGGCCGAGAGCGACGCCGAGGUCUGCGUCUGGAUCGAGCAGCUGCGAAGGCGCCCCGCCGGCGCGCCCUUCUUCGUGGCCUCGCUGCAGGCGGCUGCCGGGAAGCCCGGGCUCUUCCUCAGCCUCUGGCAGCGCGCGCUGGAGGCGGAGGCUGGAGCGGGCGGCCCGCAGAACGACGCGCCGUCUCCGCUGCUGGUGGCGGCGGUGCAGCGCCUGGCCCGGCAGGGGGGGCAGCAGCCGCCGCAGCCUGCCACCAGCGGCGGCACGAAGUCGUCCCUGGAGAGCGCGCUGCUGCUCAGCGAGGUCAUCGACCAGCUCGCGGCGGUGCUGCCGCACAGCGCCCGCGGAAUGGCGGCAGUGGUGCGCAGCCUCGGCGCGUGGGGCAGCGCGGCCGAAGGGGAGGUCGCGGCGGUGGCGCCCGAGCCCGCUGCUCCCGGCGGCGCCGCGAGGCGAGAGCUCGGGGCCCCGGCCGCCGGGGGCGCGGCGGCGCUCGGGGCGCUGCGGCGGCGCGUGGCCGCGGCCGCGCUGGGCGGGGGCGGGCUCGGCCCCUGGGGCGCGUACGCGAUGCUCGAGGGCGCCAGGACCUGCGUCGCCCUGGGCGACCAGUACCGCCAGGCGGCCUGGUACCUCGUCAUGCUCGCGGACCUGGUGGCCGCGGCGGCCUCGGCGCCGGCCGCCGGGGCGUGGCGUGCGGCCCGCCACCCGCUCUGGCACGAGCUGCUCCGCGCCGCCGAGGGGGCCGCCGCCGCCGGCCAGAAGCUCGCGCCGGACUGCAACCUCUGCCUGGCCCUGUCGCUCCUCGUGCUGUGCCGGCUGCUGCUCCGGGUGCCGCCCGUGCCGGGCGCGCGGCUGGCGGAGCUGUGCAGGGGCACCGUCCUGCCGCUGUGGCGCCAGGCCACCUUUGGCGCACGGGCGAGCAAGGCAUGCUGCGCCCUGCUGCAGGAGCAUGGCGAGGGGGGGGAGGCCCUGUGGGCAGACGAGGAGCCCGCAGAGGCGGUCGCCCGAGAGCUCGUGCUGCUCUGCUCCCGGGCUGGCCUCCUGGACCACCUGGUCCAGUCCGAGUUGCCGCUGGCGCGCCAGCGCUCGCAGAUCGCGGUGAUUGCGGCGAUGGUGGGCUCCGUCGAGAAAGGCGCGGCGCUGGCGCUGCCCAGGCUGGGCGUGCGCAGCCGUGCCCUGCUCCUCCGCGCCCUCGCUCUCGGCUGCCCCGCCAGCGGCGAGGGGCGGGCGGCCGCCCGUGCGGCGCUCUCGGAGGCGCUUUCCCUGGACCGCGGCGGGCUGCUCCAGCUCGCGCUCGAGGCCGGCGAGGGCGCGGAGGGCAUCCCCGAGGAAGGAAAGGCGGCACGAGCUCGCCUUGAAGUUGACGUGUCCUGAUGAAGACGGG